AUGAGCACCUCGCAGCCAAAACCCAAGAGAUUAGUGCAGCCCGCCAGGCGACAGGUUGAGCCUGGGCAGCUUAAGAAGCCGGAGAUUGCGCAGACUGGAUUCACGUACAAUAUCUGGUACAAUAAAUGGGCAGGCGGUGAUUACGAGGAUUCUACAAAUACCAAAGAACACGCCCAAACGAGGCUAGACGUACCCAAGGACUCGGGAUAUACACGCGCAGAUGCUAGCGGUGCUAAAACCUAUUGCCUUUUCUUCGCUAGAGGAUGCUGUCCACUAGGCGCUCAGUGCCAGUAUUUGCAUAGAUUGCCACGUCCACAAAAUAUCCUACAUGACUUGUCCAGAGAUGUGUUCGGAAGAGAGAAGCACGCCAACUACCGUGAUGACAUGAGCGGUGUUGGUAGCUUUAGUAGACAAAACUCCACCCUCUAUAUCGGUAGAAUGGCUGAGUAUGGUGAGGGUAGAGGGGAGAACCAGCUUAUCAAGCAUUUUGGUGAAUUUGGUGAGAUCGAGAAGGUGAGAGUGCUGCAUGGUAGAGGAUGUGGAUUUGUCAAGUUUAAGAACGAAUGUAAUGCACAAUUCGCAAAGGAAGCCAUGGGCAGUCAGUCGCUCGACGAAGGCGAGACGCUCAACGUGAGGUGGGCCACUGAGGACCCAAAGGCAGACGCCAUCGAGGAAGAUCGCAAGAGAGCUGCCGAGGAGGGUUCAGAGAAGGUCACCAAGAGGCUGGCUAUGGAUACGGAGCUCAUACAUGCCACAAGGCAGAUGGAGGCGCUGCAGAAUGGCCUUCCAGCACCGCCGCCACUCGAGCAGAUUGCAGAUGGUGAAGGUAGUGAGGUUGAGGGUGAGGAAGAUGCAAGCGGAAAUGACGCAAUUUCGCACCCUCCACAACAACCGACAAACCAAGGCUUGUUAUCAAACACAUCCCUCCAGGCUAUCAACAAGCUAGCUCAGCUGCGCGCAACCAAGCCAACAGCAGUCGCGGUAGCGCAGCCGCCUUCCGGUGGAUUGAGUGGAGUGGGUGGACUGGGCGGCCUUGCUAGCUACGGCAGCGACUCCGACUAA